AUGCACACCGGGGACAAGCGAGUUCUUCCAUGUUUUGACAACCAUUACAACAGCGGUGUCCUCGUAGAUAACUGGUUCGACGCACGCAUCAAUGAGGCGCAUGGCAAAUUCACGAUCGCAGUAGACGGCCAAUCUCCGCUGCCGUCCUCAGUUUAUAAGGCUGAUUACUCUACCCCAUGUGUUACAGCUGUCCGGCCGAUGUUGCGGCAGCGUGGACUCGGGAAGAGCCUUAUAUUUGGAAGCGGCCUACCAACAGUCGAUGAAGUGGUGGCAACAAGCAAAGACUAUGGCGCCACACAGCGAUACCUGAUUGAUAGCAGGUAUGGGAAGCCAAAGCACCAUUGCAAACCGUUAAACACGCUCAGCGGCGUAGACCGCUUUGCACUAACUGGGAAACUGUCCAAACCAGUAAACCAACCAACAGUAGAUGAUGCCAUGGUUGACCGAUUUCGCACAACAAAGUCUGCUAUGGAUGUCACCAUUUUAAACCACCACGUGCAAAGACAGUUGUCCGCGGGAAGGAACUGUGGCGCGAGAACCCAAAUGUAA